GCUCAGUCUCAUUCCAACCAGUGGAGGUGAGGGUAAUCGCUCGCUUCGCUCGUGCAAUUUUCACUCGCCUGUAGGAUAUAUAUGACAGACAAACGUCGGGUUUCGUCGGACACGUAACCCAAGAGGGUUGAUCGGCGCUGCCAUCUGGAAUCUGGGGUGUGAAGUUGACCUCAGCGAAAUUCUGUGAUACCUCGAGUGACCACUGACCUUUCAGGCGUUGUACGAAGCAAUCUGAUAUCCUAUAACCGAUCAAAAUGAAUGGGGAUUGGACGUAGUGGUGUCCUUUGGAGUGGGCGAAAGUAGUCAUGUCGUGAGCACUGGUGAUUUGUGAAGGGAUAGUACUCAAUAAAUUAAUUAACUAAUUUACGAGAGUAUUAGUGAAUGAUUUAACUAAUUUUGAUAUAAUUUUCAAAAAGAAGAAAGUUUUAUGACAUCUGUUUGAUCUCUGAAGAAAAAAUUAUCGACAGAAAAAGAAAAAUAUAAAUAAGCGAAUAUUAAUAAUAAUAAAAAGUUUUAUAAGUGAUAAGCAAAUAAUAAUAAAAAGUUUAUCUAAGUGAAUACAGAUUUUUUACGAAUAGUGUAAUUUCAAGGAGAAAUAUUAACGCUCAUUAUCGGUGUCUUGUCCUCCUCGCGUGUGCGUGUAGGGGGGCCAAUAUGCAAAUCAGGCGUUUCUGGAUAAAGAUGUGAUGGAGAACCCGACGCACUGGUCGCCGCUGAUCAUCAACGUACCUGUCAAUUGACGUCGGAAGAGGCGUCGGGGAACUUAGGCCUGAGAGGCAGCAGGCGAUCGUGGGCGUGUUAGUGGGCGUGGCGUGCACGUAUGCGUGUGGCUCGCCGCCCGAGCCCUUCUGAGCGCCCACGUUGCAUGCCGUCGGGGGCUGAGUGAACUGAGGCCACCAUGGUGGAGGUGGGCGUGCGAGUCAUCCGAGGGCCCGACUGGCGGUGGGGCGAGCAAGAUGGGGGCGCGGGGCACGCGGGCACCGUCGUGGAGGUCGGGCGGCCGGGGUCGUCGACGACGCCCGACCGCACGGUCGUGGUGCAGUGGGACGCCGGGGCACGGACCAACUACCGCGUCGGGUACCAGGCCGCCUACGACCUCACCCUGCUGGAUAACGCCCCUGUGGGCGUGAAGCACCCGAACCACAUCUGCGACGGUUGCAAGCGGCAGGCCAUCGCUGGCAUGCGCUGGAAGUGCGGGGGUUGCUACGACUACGACCUAUGCACGACCUGUUAUAUGGGAGACAAGCACGACCUGGGACAUGCCUUCAUUCGCUACGAGACGGUCACUUCGAAGGGCGUGGAAAUUGGCCAGAGAAAGAAUGCUUCCAAAAUACCUCUCCAGGGGAUAUGUGGUGCAAAAGUCAUCAGGGGUCCUGACUGGGAUUGGGGAAAUCAGGAUGGAGGGGAAGGUAAAUGUGGACGAGUGACAGAGAUAAGGGGUUGGGAUAAUGAGUCUGGCAGAUCAGUUGCCAACGUCACUUGGGUUUGUGGCUCCACUAAUGUCUACAGAGUGGGGCACAAGGGAAAAGUUGAUCUAAAAGUCCUUCAGGCAGCUACCAAUGGUCAUGUGUAUACUGAUCAUCUUCCUGUCCUUGGCAAAAUUGAAGAAUCUAGCAAUGUUGGGGAAGCUAUACCAACUUCCCCCCGUCAUGUACCGUUCUCUGUUGGAGAGAGGGUUCGUGUGGUGGUGACCGUGGACGAACUCCGUACAAUGCAAGAAGGGCACGGAGGAUGGAAUCAUAAGAUGGCAGAGUUCCUAGAUAAAGUGGGCAUUGUUCACCGUAUAACCGACAAAGGAGAUGUGAGGGUUCAGUAUGAGGGUUACGCAACCCGCUGGACCAUUCAUCCUCGAGCAUUAGCGAGAGUCACCACUUAUUCUCCAGGAGAUGUGGUGAUUGUCAUAUCAGAUGCUACCAAAGUUAAGGAAUACCAAAAAGGUCAUGGGGAGUGGAUUGAUUAUAUGAAAGGCGCUCUUGGCAAAACUGGCGUGAUAGCAAGAGUCUAUCCAGAUGGUGAUCUGCGGGUUAAUGUGGAAGGCAAAACGUGGACAUUCAACCCCCUGUGUGUCUCACUGGCUCCUCGCAAUGCUGAAUACAAUAACACCAUGAGAGCUAAUGAAAGACAUGAGCAUGCUAGUCCGUUGGCGUCUGUCUUACACCAGCUUCUGGACACUGAGCAGGAUAGUUCUGUCGUUGACCAGUUGGUCAGAGAAGCAGCACAAGGUCACACGCAGGCAGUGUCUCAUCUCUUAGCCAAACAUCCUGAUAAGGUAGAUGGACGAAGUUCUGGCAAAACUUGUUUGCAAGUUGCCUGUCACCAAGGCCACAUGGAUAUCGUAAGACUACUUUUGGAGCACAAGGCAUCUUUGGAAAUAGCAGAUGAUGAUGGAGAUGUGGCAUUACAUUAUUCUGCAUUUGGUAACCAACCUGAAAUUAUGGAGUUGUUGUUGAGAAAAAGUGCUUCAAUCAAUGUUAUAAAUAAAGGCCGUUGCUCUGCACUACACGUUGCUGUAAACAAGCAGCAUGCAGCAUGUGUGAAAGUGUUGCUCAAAUACAGCUGUGAUGUCAAUGUUCAGGAUUCAUACGGUGAUACAGCACUACAUGAUGCUAUAGGAAAAGAAAGUAUCGAAAUUUUAGAACUUCUAGGAAAUUCUCCACACCUAGAUCUGACGUUACGAAAUAAGAGAGGCUUUAAUGUUCUUCAUCAUGCAGCGUUGAAAGGAAAUAACUUUGCCGCAGAGAAAUUGGUAUUGCGUUCGAAGCAGUUUGUUGAUGUGAGAAAGGAGGAUGGCUUUGCUGCACUCCACUUAGCAUCUCUCAAUGGUCAUCGACAAGUAGCUGAAACUUUGAUAAUCCUUGGAGAAGCUGCAGUUGACAUCACAAAUAAUAAAAGACAAACACCUCUGCUACUUGCAGUUUCUCAGGGUCACUGUGGUGUUGUUGAAUUGUUGGUCGAUAAUAAUGCCGACAUUCAUGCGUGUGAUGAAGAUGGUGAUACAGCCCUUCAUCUUGCUCUCUUAAAAAAUGCAGGAAAUCCUCAACUCCACCCAGAUCAUGCACCAACUAUAACUCAGAUCCUAAAUGACAUCACUCGACGUGGAUUUGAAAACAACAUGUCAUUGGCAUUAGCAUGCUAUUUGGUUCAGAAGGGAUGCAGUGUUACAGUUGCAAAUAAUCGCUCAAAAAGCCCGCUGGAUCUAAUCAAUGACACCAGCACAAUUGACUUACUUCAGAGUUAUGCUGCACAGGCAGCAGGAGGCAGUAUGGCACGGGUAGAUAUGGAUCUCAAGGCAUUGGAUUUAGCUGCCGAGAGUAUUCGGAGUGUGAGCAUAGAUGACCCUACACAAGAUUCUACAAAUAACAUUUCUGCUCCAACAAAACCUCAGUCUCUGUCUCAGCCAGUUAGUCCAUCAAAGGUAGCUAGUGAUACAGGAAAAUCGACCAAGUCUGGAGAACCUUUGAAUGACUGUAACUAUGAAAAGGUUGCAGAAAAUACAGAUUGUGCUAUUUGCUCAGAAUAUCCAGUCACAGUUAUCUUCCAACCGUGUGGACACUCUGUUACUUGUGAAGAUUGCGCAAGUAGGAUUAAGAAAUGUUUCCAGUGCCAUGCAGUUGUAGUAACCAAAGUUACAAGUGAUGGAAGAACUAUAAGUACUAAGGCAAGGCAGCCAUCAGCAGAGAGAUUGAAGUAUUUGGAGACUAAAAUUGCAGAGAUAGAAGAGGCUCACUGUUGUAGCAUAUGUAUGGAGCGUCGGAGGAAUGUUGCUUUCCUUUGUGGACAUGGAGCUUGUGUUAUAUGUGCGCACACUCUUAAGACAUGCCAUAUGUGUCGGAAACCCAUAUCCAAGAAAAUUAAUUUAUACUGAUGUAAUUAUUUGUGCUUAUAUGUGAAGACAGUGUAUUCAGUAUUUAUUAUAAUUGUGAUAUACGUAUUUAAAAGAUGGGCUGGGAUUUGCACAGUUUUAGUCUGGUUUUAAUUUAUUAAUGUACUACAAUACAGUAAUAGGUUUAUAUCAGUUAAUUUAUUCAAUGAAGUAGUCAAAAAAAUGUGUAUAACUAUAUUUCUUUGAAUGCAGUAAGCCAAACUGUUAACUGAAGUGGUAAUCUUUUUAAGUACAAGAGUCAUACAGUGCAUGGUGCUAAAAAAUUGUGAAUAGUUAUGGUUUUUGAAUUCUGCAUUGCUGUAGCAGCACAAGUUGUACUUUUAAAAAGUACAGUGACAGAGUAAAUAUUGAUGGUUAUCAGUGAAUGUUGACAAUUGAGCUUAAUUUAUGUUUAUGGUUGGAAAACCUUGAGGGUUUACAAAUGAAAUAAAUAUGCACAUCUUAAGUUUUCCCAAUUAUUUAGUUACAUAGAUUUUGUGUCCCACACUAAUGUAAAAUCUAAAUUUCACUACCGUAUAGUAGUUUAAAUUUAUAAGGUCAACACAAUUUUUGCAUAGGAAUUUUAUUUAACAACCAAUUGUAUCAGUAUUAUUUUAUCAAUAAUUUAUUUAGCCACUACAUCAGCCAUGUACAUUGUACUUAUGCUUUUUUGUGUGAUAUGGAGUAUGAACUUCUUCAAAGAAAAAACAUAUAUAUAGUAAAAAUUAGUUGAGUGUGAUUGAUGGACAGGUUUAUAUUAUUACAAUACUUAGUAAGCAAUGAUACCAGUGAAUCGGUGACUAAAAAAAAGAUUUAAUUUUAGACCAAAGUCAGAUGGCACUCUUGUUGUUCAGUUGAGCAGCAGAAGUAAUAUUUUUACAUAUCAGAUAAUAUGCAGUAACUUAUGAUUGUGAGCAAUGUAUGCCAGUAUGAAAAAGAAAUUUUGGAAAUUUGUUGUAGAAAACAGAUAUAUUUUAUACUACCAAAUUAUCUAUUCUUCUGAACUUCUGUACAAUUGUGUAAAAAUUUAUCAAUAUCUGGUGGUAAAACAAGCAUAAGAAAAGAUAUAACCACUGAAGCUUUUAUGGUGCAUCUACAGUCCAAUUACUGUGUACUUAUUUGAUUUCUUCAAAAGUUAUACACUAUUUUGAAUCAAUAAUUGCUUGUCCUUCUAUGUAGCUUAUGCUGAAGUAUCUAUUAUAAUUGGGGUAUGUGCGAUGAAAUUCUGAGUUUGGUCUGAAUGAAAGGAAUCAUAAUACUGACCCACUUCACAGAUGUACUGUAGAGAAGUUUAAGUUUUCAGUUCAGGGUCCCCCCACCUUUAUUUUAAGUUCUUUGGGUAAUACUGAAACCAGGUAGACAUAAUAAGUAAAAUGUUCCACAAGCAAGAGUGAACAGAGCCAUCGGUCGGACAGAGAUGAUUUAAUGGUUUAUGAUUGACGUGCAAACGACUUUCAUCACUUCAAUGGGACAUGGCAUAGUAUUUACAUUACACUUUGGUCAUGAUUAUGUAUAAAAAAAUCCUCAGUUCAGGAGGAUGUAUGGUGUCAAAGAAGGAAUUUAGUAUGUAGUCUAUGAGAAGCAAAAUAUCAGUGGGAUGAUCAAUUACUUGUCAGGCAUACUGGGGAUAUUUAACAUUCUCAAGUAGAGCCAUAGGAGUGUGUUGCAGAGGGAAAAGCUUAGGAAAAAGGCUUAUCUUAGAUGAUUCAGGACCAAAAGACAUUUUUUAAUACUGGUAAUUAGAAAGCUUACCCACUGGAAGGUUCCAGGGGCCAUUCAUGGUGUACUGGUCAGAAAAGUGCCGAAGGGGACGCAUGAUUGAGUGUCAAAGUUGUAAGAUUAGGUAACAGUGAAAUAUAUUUUGGCAGAUUAUUCUUUUGUCAUACCAAGCAACUACAAGACGGACUUAGUGAUAUUUAAAUAGUGUGAUCAUUCCAGCGCAUGGUUUUCAGUUCUGAAGAGGCAAUAAAGUAAUGUUUGGACUGUGCAGUCUAAAUUAUUAAUUAGCAAUGAAAAAACUGCAGUCUUAAGCUGAACCCAAGAACUGCAUUGUACAGCAACAUUCAAAUUUAGCAUUUUGCAUGUCAAGCAUGAACACAUGUAUCACUCGAAAAACUUAAGAAACUGGACUUCCUAUAAACAUAUCACAGGGGAUUGGAUUGUUGGGGGUUAUUGUCUGAUAUUACAAAUGUGAUGAAAUGCUUUUGUCUUGUCUUCUAUAAUAUAGAAUAAUAUAAAGGUACUGUAGAUGCACCUGAAAAUGGUCACACACAUGUACGUAUACAUUUUUGAAGGGGCACGAGUUUAUUAUUGAUGAUAAAACAUUUUGCAUGAUGGGUUAUGCAUUUCAUAAGUACCUUCCCUAAUCAGAAUUUUUUAAAGCAAAUCUGUGAUGGGUACUGCUCUCUUUCUUUAGUUUUCCAACCAGUUCUCCUUAAAAUCCAGGAAGUUUAUAUCAGCACAAGUACUGUAUUAUAUUUGUGUUCUAGUUGUUUGUACAAAGAGAACAAACCAACCAGAGUGGUUAGGUUGGUUUUACACCCAGUAUUAAGGUUUUUCUAAAUUAUGUUCUAUUAAGUCUUGUCAGAAAACCUUAGUGAAUGGAAUGUAAACUUUUGGACUAGGUUUGAAUGUGUAAUCCAUGACUACUUUUGCUGUCUACUGUAUAGUGCCAUUCUCAUUAAACUGAAGUUCCUCUAAGAUUUCAACCUUCAAAAAAGUGCACUUCUUGCAGUCAUUUAUUAGAAUAACUAACCAGUACAGUAGGUAUACUUUUUGUGGGUUUAAAGAUGGAUGCAGAAUAAGGAACUUGAUUAGGAAAUCUACUCUGUGUAUCUGAAAACUAGUUCGAGGAAGAAACUACUUACCUAAAAUACGGCUAUCGUACAAGCUUGCCGUUUAUCAUCUUUGGCACAUCUUGUCACUGGCAGCAGGUUAGUGCUGCCAAAGAGAUCACUGCCCUUAGUGACCUCAAGUUUUAAAAGUUCUCAAGUUCUAGCACUGAAGAUCUAUUGGGUUUAAACAUGUUGCAUGUAAGUACCUUUGAACACUUUUGGUGUCUCAAGUUUUUAUGUCAAUAACUACGCCAGUCUCACAUCAUCAUCUUCCUUUGCUGUACCAUGUAUUAUCUGUAAUUCCUUCUCAUUGGUGACUAAAGCAAGUGACUAUGACCAUCAAAACACACUGUAGUGUCCAGUGCCAAAAGUGUUUCGAGUUUAAUUAUGGUAGGCCAAAUCAAGACUAUUCAUAACCCUCACACAAAGAAUUUGACAAAUACUGCUUUUAUGACAUCAGUGGCCACCCGCACAUCUACAUCGUCACUGUAAUCUAAGGGUUUGUGUUCCCUGUGAUACUGUCUGUUGCAGUAGUCAGUCUAAUGUGAUCCACCCGAAGCUGUCCCUGCUGUUGCAGAAUUACUUUGAAAAGGAGAAUAGGUUUAUUUUCCAUAUCAUCUCUAAUCCAGUCUGACUCUCAUGAACCUCUUGUUGACUUUUUUCUGCUGAAGAGCAUUAUCUUUCUUAUGAUCUUUUCUUUAUCCACCUUCAUCUAACAUUAUUAAUGAGAAGGGAGGUGGAGGUCUCAGCAUCCUUUCUAUUCUCCCAUUCAGUUCUUUCUUGGAGCAUGCUCUCUUGAAAAUGAAGAGACUUCUUAACAUUUGCAGAAUACCUGCCUGUGCCAUGUCACACGCCUGUCCGUCCUCUGGUGCAGCAGUAUCCAACACUGUUCUUAACAUGUACUGGUAACUGCCUGUGAAUGUUCUCCAGCUGUUAACAGUUCUAACUUCUACGACUGUUCCCUUGUUCAAUCCUCUUUCAGUUGUGUUCAUACCCGUCCGCUCACCGUCCACAAUCCUAACUAUUUGUUACUGUCACUAUUCCCAGUCACAUGUAUAAUUACAGUUAUCUCUUUCUUGAAUAAAAUUUUCACUGUUGCAGACUACAGUUCCUCUCUGAUCUUCCUGAUGAUCACAGCAAUUGUCAUGCUUUGCUGCUCUUGAAUGGUUCUCAAAGAGAUGAUACUCUCUUCUGGGGUCUCCUUUGAGCUUCACUCGUUAGCUGCUUUUAGGUUUACUCCAAUUUCUUCUGUCCCAUUCAGUCAGAAGCAUCAUGAGGCAUCACUGCUGCCUUUAAAAACUACCUUUGCCUUUGAAAACUACCUUUAAAUGAACUGCAUCUACAAUACUCUGACAUCCUCCACCAUCUUAUCUAAGGAAUUUUGGUUUACCAGUCCAUUUAAUACAUAUAUAGGACAGUCAUGCCUGAGAAUGAACCUCCCAUCUGUAAGAUCAGGUCACUGAUAUCUCUACAACUGUUAUCUUUGACUUCAAAGCCAAUGAAAAGGAAUGGUUUUCAGACAUACUCGUAUAUGCCAUGUUAUAUUUGUUUUGUUGCCUCCUGGACAUCAUUGGUUUAGCCCUCUUACUUGAGGAGCAGAAAGCACAUAUCUAUUUCAAGGAAAGUCAUGAGUGUGUCAAAUGACGUAACAUACUUAAGAAAAUUAUUAUACCUAUGAAAAGACAGUAAGCUCACAACAGAAGAACAGAGGAAAAACAUAGUGGGUAAUUUUUUCCUCUGCAAGUCAAGAGUUUGUAUAGACUAAAUGUUCAGCACAAUAGAACAUUGGCACCACCGACAAAAAAUGAAAUACGCACAAUACUUUCAAGAACUUCACAAAAAAAAAAAAAAAAGAGAUAAA